CCGCAACGCUCAGCUGUGAGGGGGGUUUGGCAGAGUGACUAACGGAAUGAUUUGACUGUCCUAUCGGGAGGUUAUAGUCCAGUCCACGGCAGUUCCGGGUGACAGUCGGAUGGGAUGACGAAGGAAAUGUAACAUUUUGAUAUGGAGAGUAUUCGGUAGCGGAAUGCGUCCUUUCAUUGACCAGAGGAUAAUUUGAUGGGUAAGAGUUAGGCAAACGACGUUGAAGUCUGUUUUAGGUAGGCUAAUUCAUCACACCGGCUGUUAUCAUCAUCUAGUAGGCUAGUCUAUCAACAUAACUUAGAGCACUGUGUAGGCUAUAUGUAUUUUGAAAAUAGUAGCUCAGACCCCGAGCAUCGUUUCUAGUUGUUGAUAACGCACCGGGAUCGUGGCUUUCUAUUUUUCUAUCACUGUUGGUGCUGUCGGUCAAAAACACUGUUGUGUAAAUCGUGAGCCUCACCAGUCGUGAAGAGAAUCUGUUUCCAGAACAGGUUGAAGGUGCUCUAUUUAGCAACAAAUAGCUAUAGCACACAUGCUGUAGGUUAUGUGUCCUAAUAAAGGUGGAUGAUAAGCGGAAAUUCACACUUGGAUGGGCAACUGGUGAAAUACCAUUCUGCGAGGAAGAGGCAUACUGGAUCGUACCACCAGUAGAUUAAUUUACAAAAGAAGUUAUUUGUAUAAAUCAUAACAUAGUGCAAGAUUAAAACAAUUGAUUGUUAAUUUUGGCAUGUGUUGCAUGCAUUAGAUGUGUUUUAUCCUGAGUAAGCUAUGUAGUUUAAAUGUGUAUACUGAGGAGCAAUAGGCCUAUGAGCAGAAAGCAGCAAUAAUGUGAGUGUUAAUGCACACCUGGAGCCAAAGACAUUUACAGUAAGAGUAUGUACAUGCUUCCAUUUGUCACUACCAUCACUCACUGUGAAUUUCUUAGUCGCCCAAAAGUCUACUCAGGUCAGACACAUUAUCAAAAGCUACAGACAGAGAUAUAAUAUUCGCACGUAAGAAAUUUCCAAACCAUCGCCUAUAUCUUUGAGCAUCAUUGUCUUCCACACUUUGCACAAAUUCCAUGAGACAUUGACAGCACGCGUAUGUGUUAAAUGUUUAAACCAUAAACCUCAUACACAAGUCUUCCUAACAUACAUCAUUGCAAUCACUGCUGAAAAAUUGUGAGAAGGACACUGAAAACAGGCCGAACUUGUAUUUUUUUUUCUCAAAGCAAGAGGGACGAACUGUGGACUAAAUUGAAAGAAAUUUUACUGAGCUGUGGACUAACUUUGUCUGGGCAGACACCGGCUAUCACACGUGUGUGUGUGUGUGUGAUUAUAAAUAGAUGAACAAAGUCUUCGAAAACAGAGUGGCUGAAACCCGAGGCUUCCAGGCCUGCCCCUCCUUUCUUUUCGUUCCCUGAGCCAUCAGAUACUGGGCGGCUAGAGGCGCACCGCACGUGGAACAGCCCGAGCCGAGAUCCGAGACAGGCCGGUGAAAGACCGUGGGGUAGGCCUCGGACUGGACCUAAGAACUGACCCGACCUUGGUGAGCAGAGCCAUCCCACAGCGCAACACCCCCUCCUCCCUCAGACUGGGGAGGAAGAGCAAGAGGAGGAAGAGGAGGAGAAAGAGACACGCCCUUUGAUCGCAGACACCUCCCCAGACUCUUUGAGUGCAGAGUGCUCCCCCCACGCCACGCCACCCCACCCGACCUCCGCCCCAGCCCCAGCUCGUCACGCGAGGGGUCGCGAUCGUCGUGAUCCAGUUGUUUCCUGUUCUCUUCUCUGUUGUGAUUUCUCUCCUUCAGCGCGCUCUGGAGUUGCGUUGGAGGCAACCCACACGCUUUCUUCACAGAGAGCCCUUGCCUCGUGACCAACUACCUACUCACAUCCACAUCUCCCUCCUGCCAGGAGGUGUGUGAGGACUCACAAGCGUCUGUGUGUGUGUGUGUGUGUGUGUGUGUGUGAGCGUGUGUGUGUGUGUGUGUGAGAGAGAGAAAGAGACGCCUCUUCAUAAUGAUGUCUGCACUGCGGAUACUGCUGGUCCCCCUGGCUCUCUGCACUCUGCACGCUCGUCUCAGCCAUGCGGCGUGCGUGGAGGUGGACUCGGACACGGAGGCGGUGGCGGGAGCGGGGUUUAAGAUGGGCUGCAUCUCCUGCAAGCUGAGGGGGGAGGUGGAGGCCAAGGCCACUGUGGACUGGUACUUCAUGGCCCAGGGAGAGAAAGAAUUCUCCCAUAUCUGCAGAUUUGACCCUGACCGCGACGCGAGGCAACCCGACGUGACCGACGAACGUUUCUACGAACGUCUGUACUGGAACGGCAGCAAGAACACGUUGGACGUGCAGGACGGAUCCAUCUUCAUCCACAACGUCUCCUUCAACGACACAGGCACCUACCGCUGUUACUUUGACCGCAGCCUCACCUUCGCCAACUACAACUACCGCACCAACACCACCAAGUUCGUCCUCAUCAAAGUGGUUCCCAAAGCCACUCGAGGCUUGGCCUCCAUCUUGUCGGAGGUAAUGAUGUACGUAUCGAUCAUUGGGCUUCAGCUAUGGCUGGUGGUUGAGAUGGUGUACUGUUACCGGAAGAUAGCGGCCGCCGGGGAGGAGGCCCUGAGAGAGAGCGCGGCGGAGUACUUAGCCAUAGCCUCGGAGAGUAAAGAUAACUGUGCGGGGGUUCAGGAGGCAGAAUAACACAGGUCUGUGUGUCUUCUUUUCAGGACAAAGAAAAUCCCCAAACACCUGGCCUAACGUUCCCAAACACCUGGCCUAACAUUCCCAAACACCAGGCCUAACGUUCCCAAACACCAGGCCUAACAUUCCCGUCCAUCCUGCUGUCCUGUACACAGCCUUGAGCCAGGUCUUGUAAAAUGACUCCAUCACAUCUGCACAGCAUCCACUCAGCCAGAACAGAAGACCCAUCCAAGAACCCUUAACGUCAUUAACGCCUCUGGAACUCACCGUGCCGGAGGUAUAAAAGUCCUGCCACAUUUUUUUCCAACCAUUCACUUAAUCAGCUGAUUCUAAUGAGCACAGCUCUUAAGCCAGGUAGAUCGGGUAAUUAGUGAAAUCACCUAUGUUAAGCGCACAGUACACAAUACAUGGCAGGACGUUUUUGCUUUCUGAAGCUGGACUUUUACAUCUGGGCACAGUACCAUUAACACUUUGUCCCUCACAUUAGAUGUGUCAGAACGAUGUAGCUCAGUUUUCAUUCGUAGAUGAGGAAGUAACAAUGUAAUAUAUGGUGAGAAAUUGAAUAACAAUGGAUUCCUAAAGACCAACGGGACACUUAUGUCUAUAUGAAAGAUGAUAAUCAAAAUGGCAAAUGUUAUGAAGUUGUAAAUAUGCACUGACUCAUUUACACACUAGUGAGACGGCACAGUAGUGUAUUCCAGAUGUCUCUCUACUGACUGAACGAGUGAUCUGCUUUAUGAAGACUAUCAGUGACAUGAAAUGACUGCUGACAUAAAUCAGCAUACUUGGUCAUAAAGAUGCAUUAAACGUGGGUUUAGAAGAUAAGGUGCAACUGAAAAGCUUAGCACUUUGUCACAGGGGCAUGAUCUUGCAUCUGAUAAAGUAUUGAAUUGUAACAGCAGCUGUAUAUGAUUGGAUUACUGGAGAGAGAUGUUUUGUGUGAGCAGAUCUUCCUUCUGAUAACAUGCAUGUGUAUAAUGCAGCGACAGUACAGAUUCUACUAAACUCUAGUAACCAAACUGAGAUGUUAGACAUUCCUCCUUGUUAGCCAUCACAUAAAGCACAUUAUGGCCGUUUGGGCACAAGCGCACACACUACAUUUGUACAACUUUCCUGCACCCCUCUCCACUCAGAACCCCACUCCUAAAACAUCUCACUCGUGUAAAUAUUUAAAUAUAAUGUAUUACUUAUUCUCUGAUGCAAUGGAAUUGUAUGGAUGACACUAGUGGUCAGUUUUGAUAAGGUUUUAUCUUUUUGUUAAAAACACUUCACUAACUCGCAUACUCCAAGCUGUUAACAGAGGUGGUCCACUUAUUAACUUGGCAUGCAUUUUGAGAUUUUAAAUGUUGUAGCUAAGCAUCCACUGAACAAAGUGGCGCAGACCUAAGGCCUCCUCAGCUGUGUUGACAAAUGUUAUGGGUGAGACCUGGUCAAGCAAAUGCGCAUUACAGCAGCUGUGGCUGCUCAUGAUGUGUGUGCUCCUUCAUGCCAUUCGAACAAAUGUAUGAGAUGAUGAUUUAUGAGGUCCAUGUUCCAUGAAGAGUAGCCUACAUGCAUUUUUAAAGUCUAUGUUUUUUCUAUGCCCUGGAAUUUUCUCUGCCUUGAUCCCUACAGUUAAAGAAAGAAAUCUGAAGAUUGUUGGGUUUUUUUUUUCUUUCCACUAAGGGCUGCAUGAGUUAUUUGGUUAGCAAUCCCCUAAUGCUUGGGAAUGUUAAAAAAAAAAAAAAAAUCAUCUCACUUGUGCCUCACGCGGAAAUGUUUUCCCCAAACCUCCAAGAAGAUGAAGUCUUAGCUAGGCUAGGUAGACCAAAUACACUGGAGGUAAAUCUGUCUCUAGUGAAGGAGAAUGCAAACAAAAAGGCAAAACAAUGUGUGUGUCAUCAGAUCACUCAUAAAGCCUGGGAGAUUUAUUCGUCUCCCCUGCUUGUCCUUUUGCCAACCCUCAGGCGAGAACCCCGUUUUGCCAAGGGGGGGCAGCAAAACACUGCCAGACUGACUGCCGUUUUUAGGGCCUUGAUUGGUGGGGGGGAAAAACUAUUUUCAAAGUACAGGUACAGAUUUUGUUACUUUUGGGAUGUUGCAUCUUGUAAUAAUUCAGCUUUCUACUGCAUGCCUUUGCAAAGUUUGAAAGAACUUAAGGUUUAGUCUUUCCCUCUUAGCUACCGUGAGAUGAGCGCCAAGUCGAUUUGAUUGUAUUGGUCGGUUCACAUGCCUCAGUGUGUCACAAAACGGGUUCAACACAGACAGUUAUGAACAACUAAUGCUCCCGCCACACCUGGUCACUAAUGAUGUGUUUGUUGCAUAUCAGUGGUCUUGUCUGGUAUGACCCCCUAUGCCUACUCUUCAGAGUUUGCUGAAUUGUCAUUGCUGGUCCUUUUCAUGUCUACCGAGACUGAACGUUCACUUUAGGUGUCUAAGUUGGUAACUCCACUCUCACCGUGACAGCAUACCCUGUUCACAUAAAACAUUUUGGGGGGGCAAAAGCUAUUUUAAAAGUAUGCAUUUCAUGUAUAUGUGAAAAUGUUGCUUGCCAAACAAAUUAUGAAAAGGAUAUGGUUAAGUAUAAUUAAAAAUGUA